AGAUACCUACUCCAGCUUGCUCCUGUUUGUGUAAAGGGUAUUUUCAUAUGCAAAAGAAGGGGGGGUCUUAUUUCCCACUUGCAGUGGGCUUUCCACCUACCUUUUCAACAGAGCUAAACUGGAAGCUUCCAAUGGGACAAACUUAGAGACGGAAAUACAACAUGGAAUUCUUCCACAGAAAGAUGAUAAUUUAAGACUUGGCGUCUACAGUUUUGUGAUAUGACCUGCACAUCAUGAAGUAAGGAGAUAUGUAACGUGCAAGGAGCAGUAGUCCAAGAUUCUAUCACAACCAAAAUCGCCUCCCAGCUACGUGUGGCAGGAUGAGAAAGCUACAUAUAGGUUUCAUGUUGGAUUGCUGUAAAGGCAACUGUUUUGGUGUAUGAACUCUGAUAACGUCCCUAGGCUUCUUCAGAAGAUGAAGGAUGUAAUGCACUGGUCUCCAAAGGAGGUGGCUUCCUGGCUUAUGGAAAGAGGCCUACAGGAAUAUUCUGAGAUCUUUCAAAUGCUUAAUGGUCAGGGCUUGCUCAAACUGACAGAAGAUGACUUUAAAAAGCCUCCUUUGUCACGUGUAUCUUCAGAUAAUGGACGACAUUUGUUGGAAAUGAUAGAAACAUUAAAAAUAGAGAAUCACAUAGAGGAACACAUGAAUGGACAUGCAAAUGGGCAUCUUUGUACCAACCCAGUCACCAAUAACCAAGGUUUUACUAGCAAAGCUAAGAAGAACGGGGUGCCAAAUGGUUUUAGAAAAGAAAUGAUUAGAAUCUCUAUUCCGGAGCCUGAGCGUUCCCAGUCUUAUCCAGAUGAGUGGGGCAAAACCUUUCUAGCUUUCACCUAUGCACUUUGUUGUUUUAUUCUUACCACAGUGAUGAUUUCUGUUGUCCAUGAACGUGUACCACCCAAAACAGUCGAAGGCCCACUCCCAGACGUCUUUUUUGAUCAUUUUGAUAGAGUACAGUGGGCAUUUUCUAUUUGUGAGAUUAAUGGAAUGAUUCUUGUAGGACUGUGGUUAGUCCAAUGGUUAUUUUUGAAGUACAAAUCUAUUAUUAGCCGAAGGUUUUUUUGUAUAGUUGGUACUCUGUACCUAUAUCGAUGUAUAACUAUGUAUGUAACUACACUCCCAGUUCCUGGAAUGCAUUUCAAUUGUUCUCCUAAGCUGUUCGGUGACUGGGAGGCACAGCUAAGAAGAAUAUUAAAAAUGAUUGCUGGAGGUGGUCUUUCUAUCACUGGAUCUCACACCAUGUGUGGGGACUAUUUGUACAGUGGCCAUACAGUUAUGCUAACACUGACAUACAUGUUUAUUAAAGAGUAUUCUCCUCGACGUCUCUGGUGGUAUCACUGGAUUUGCUGGGGCCUCAGUUUUGUCGGGAUUUUCUGUAUACUUCUGGCUCAUGAUCACUACACUGUGGAUGUUGUGGUGGCAUAUUAUAUUACUUCCAGGUUAUUCUGGUGGUACCACACUAUGGCUAAUGUACAAGCACUGAAAGAAAUUUCUGCAGCAAACCUUCUUUCACGAGUGUGGUGGUUUAAACCCUUCCAGUACUUUGAACGAAAUGUCCAAGGUGUUGUACCGCGAUCCUAUCAUUGGCCGUUUCCAUGGCAACUGCUUAAAUUUAAUACACAGCCAAAAUACAGCAAACUGGUGAACGAGACGUAACAGGACGGUGCUGUUUCAGGAACUGUCAAGUGCUAUAAACUCUUGAGAUGCCAUAAACGCAAACCCCAACCUACUUUUAUCUGUUAAGUUACGUUGACUUGGUCAUUUAACUGGCCAGCACUGUGAUAUUUUUUCUCUCCAAAGGACCCACGUCGGAUAUAUUCAAACCAAUAAUUUAACUCAACAUGCACUGUACAAUUAUUUCCUAUUACAUGGGAACUUCUCAUUAUCCAUAGUCAUUCUCCUUUUUGUAUAUAAAAAAAAAAACUGCAAACACACACAAGUUUUUAUACCCUACGUUUCAGUCUUUUCCAGUCAUUUCUGGGAAUAAAACAUUUAUUUUCUUGGGAAAACAUAAUUUCAAAACUUUUGCCCCAAAUUUUGGGCUUUAAGCCAUUUUCUAAGUGUAUCUGUAAUAGCUAAGUAAGCUGCAGUCCUACUCAAUUAAUGGGUUACAUAUUUUGUAUGGGUUAAAUAACAUCAAAUGAACUAUUUUCAUGUGGGUUUUUAUCAUAAUUUUUUUUUUUUUUUACAAUUUUUUUUUUUAUCGGUAAAAAAAAGAAAAGGUAGUUUUUCUUUUACUUUUGAUAUGUAAAAGUAUACUGCAGCAUCAUAUCAUUUUUUUUUAAAUAAUUCUGGCAAAAUGCCCCUGUUUUUCUUUCUUUCCCUUCAAACUCCAUUAUAUAUUUUACACUUUUUUUUUUUGAGAAUUACAUGGUCAUUUCACUUGUCUGUCUAUAUGCUUAUUAAAGGAAAUAGCCUGCAUUUUAUGUUUUCAAAAGACACAUGGGACUGCAGCCCUGUUCUGUAACCUUUUUACCUGUUUCAUCAAUGUUCUACAUAAAAUGAUAGACAAAGAAUGGUUUAGUAUCUAAUAUUUUGUAAAAAAUCUUUCAGCAACAGUGUCAAAAAUGAAAAUGAUUACAAUCUGUUGUAAAGUGAUUUUGUUUUCUAAGUAUUUCCUACAUUUAUUUUUCAAAAUACUGUGUACAAAGAUUACAUUUGAAGAUUUUUACUUGUCAAAGAAAGAUUUAAUUUGGAGAAAUUUAUAAAUGUUACUAGUGCCUUUCUUGUCUUGAUUGUAUAGUUGGUAGGCAGUCUUAAAUAUUUUUAAUUUUAAAUAAAGUAUUCCAUGACCAAGAUUAAAACAAAAAAUCAUAUAUUUAUUUUUCUAUAUAUAUAUAUAUAUAUAUAUAUAUAUAUAUAUAUAUAUAUAUAUAUAUAUAUAUAUAUAUAUAUAUAUAUAUAAUAAAAUCUCUGAUUGUACUAUUGAAUUGUAUUUGGAAGCGUAUUUGAAGGGACUGGCAGUGUAUUUCGACUUUUUUUUUAUUUAUUUUUUAUUCAUUGAAAGUUGACUUUUAACACAAAAGCAUCCAUAUUCUUGGAAAAUCAUUUUGAUCACAUCUAAAAACAAAUCUUUAGUCUUUCAAUCACAUGCAUUCUGUCUAUAUUUGAUACACAGAGUAUGUUAACAUAUAUUUUAUUUUUACAGAAAAUGCAUGUACUGCAUUUUCGCCAUUACCAUAUUAAUAAAUAAAUAAAAAAAAGUAUUUGAUCGUAUGAUUGCCAAUGUACAGAAUACAAUAGUUUUUUAAGACUGAAGAAAUAUAUCUAUAAUUGAUAUAUAUAUUCACAUAUAUAUCUGUUCUGUAUUUUCUGUAAAGCAGAGUUUUCUUCUGUGUUUUUUGUGUAUUCACAAGGUGAUAUUUGUACUGUAAAAUAUUGGUGAUAAAAAUAAAAAGUAAAAAAUAAAUAAAAAAAAUUACUUAAAGCAAAUAGAAAACACUUGAAUUGUGUUUGUGCUUAUAAUUAUAGCCUUAUCAUUUUAUGACAAGCUGUAUGAGUCUGAGAUGUCUGUCUAUUUAUGGAGUCUUCUAUUGACUUAAUAAAAAAAAAACCUUUCUAAAAAUGUUGUUAAAAUGGUUUGCUUCAUCUUUAAUUUUCACCUUACCAUGCUUCUCUAUUGCUGUUUUCAUGGUCUGUUAUUUUUGUCCCUUUUUGUUGUUUCCAGAACUGUUAAUUAAAAUCUAUUUAUAUUUGA